UUAUAAUACACUUAGCUAUAUAGUGUGUUGGUUGAACAGAUUAUUAUAUAGAUAAUCUUAUCAGUCUCUAGCUCAUAUCUGUGUAUAUCUUCUACAACAUGAAAUUCUUUAUAGAAUGACCUCUAUUCCAAGGAAUCUUCCUUUGUCAAUUUUAGAAGAACUAUCAAUUCUAUUUAGUGAAUAUUUUAUUCAGCAUAUUAAACCAGAUAACAGAUAUAAGUUGUUGAAUCAAAUUCAAUGGGGAAGGUAUUUGAAUACUUCAAAAGAUGAUAUAAUGCCUUAUCCUCUAUUUCCAACAUUUAUUACACCCGAUCAUAUAUUCACUGAUAAUCAUUAUAUAUGGAAAGAUAUUUUAUUAAAGUGGGAAGAUUCUUUGUCUAUAAGAAGAAAAGAUUUAAUUACUGAAUUUCUUGGAGAGUUAUAUCAGACUUCUUUGUUCCAUAGUGUUUUUGAACGCUUACAAUCAUAUGAUGCAUUCACAGAGGAUAUUGUGGAAUUUCAAAAUUAUUUUCAUCAAGUAUGGUUUGGACAAUAUAUAUGGGAUCAAAUGUCCACAUCGGCAUCUACACCACAUACAUGUGGAUUUCAACAUGUUUAUAUUGGUGAAAAGCAUCGAUCAACAAUUAAAGGUCUUCAUCAUUGGAAACGUUAUUAUAUUUUAGAGAAAACUGGUCGUUUAAUUCUGAAGAAAAUUCAUAAAACACAUCCACAUAUACAUAUUUCAUCAAUGCGUUUUGAUGUAGACAAUGCUGUUAAACCAUAUGGAACAAUAUUUUUGGAUUACCUAUAGAUUAUGAAAUGUUAAUAUUUUUGUGUGCAUUUCUUGUUGGUGUCAAUCGUCAGGUAAACUUUUUGAUUGAUGGUGUUCACACUACUGUGGUGUGUUAUGAUGUAGCUACACAGAGUGAUGCAUUAGCAACAGCAUUUUUUAAAUAUUGAAUGUAUACUAUAAAGAUAACAAAUAUUAUUAUUGUAUUUUUGAGAUGAA